AUGUCGUCUUUUAUCUCUCUCGAUCUCUCAUACGAGGGUGACUCGGAUACGGAGAAGAAAAUCGUUGCUACACUACAGGACCUUGUCGACAACAGAGAAUCUCCCGAGUCUGCGGCGAAGAUAAUUAAUGGGGUGAUUAUUGACGACUGCCGCGAUGCUUAUACUUCUUACAAUUCGGUAUCAGAUCCGACAGCAGAACAGAUAGAAUCCGGUGCUGUUCGUGCCCCUAAACCUAGUGGAUGGAUGGGAUACCUCUGGGACUGCCUAGGAAGAGCAGCCAUGAAAGUACCUGUUGACCAUAAAGGUCAAGACAGACUUGUAUAUCUGCUCCUGGCACUCCAGCAAUUACCUAAAAGUCCCGUCCCCGAGUUCGUUGCUGGAGAGAUGAGAGAAACCAUACUCUGGAAUGUCACGAAAGAGACUCGGUAUGAAGGCCUUACUCAAUGGCUUUGGGAUCUCGACCAAGGCAACUUUAACGGUGCGCGCCAGGUAGAGAGUGACCCAAGUGCUGCUACUGCCUAUACCAACUUCUCUGCUUUCCUGGCCCGCCUAUUGGCAUCCGGUGUAGCGGACACGAACACUCUAAGCGCACUACGGCGACCGUCGCCCUUCGCAACAACUCAUCAAGAUCAUAUCUUGCAAGAGUUGCCUCGCCACGAACCUUACGCAGCAGCGGCGGCUCAGUGGAUCAUCUAUGCUGGAGAUGCGCUCUUUGAACUAUGUGAGAAGCGCAUACUCGUCGAAGUCGGAAGCUUGAGAUAUAGCAAAGCUUUGUGGUAUGUAUGGAGUGUUAAGUUUAAGGUUUUUGCAGAGAGUAAUGAGUCCAGCCCCGAGGUUAGAGAGUUCGCUAGGCAGGCUGUGGAUAAGAUAAACCAGUGUAAGAAGGACGGUAUUAAUCCUGCGAAGAGUGUGAUUGAGAAGUUUGGUUAUAUACGUCCGGAGGAGAUCUAG